ACAAUUUUCGAGUUUUUAUUUUUUUCGGAAACAUCAUUCAGUGGAUUUAAGUUUCUUUAAUUAAUCAGAUUAUUAAAUUUAAGUCGCAAUCGCUUUGAUCAAUUCAUUCGUCUCCGUAAGACCUUUCUUCUUCUUCUUCUUCAUCUAUGUUACAGAUGACAAUGGAUGCUGAUGUGAUGGAAACUGAGACCGUUGAUCAAGCCGUCUCUGCCUCUCCUCUCCAAUUUGCAAGAAGUUAUCAGGUUGAGGCUCUUGAUAAAGCUAUCAAUCAGAACACUAUUGUCUUCUUGGAGACUGGUUCUGGCAAGACCCUUAUUGCCAUUAUGCUUCUUCGUAACUAUGCCUACCUUUUUCGCAAGCCUUCACCCUCUUUCUCUGUCUUCUUGGUUCCUCAAGUUGUUCUUGUCACUCAGCAAGCAGAAGCACUGAAGAUGCAUACUGAUCUACAAGUUGGUAUGUAUUGGGGAGACAUGGGGGUUGACUUUUGGGAUUCUUCAACUUGGAAACAACAAGUCGACAAAUAUGAGGUUCUGGUGAUGACCCCUGCCAUUUUGCUCGACGCUUUGAGGCAUAGUUUUCUGAACUUCAGCAUGAUCAAGGUUCUAAUAGUUGAUGAAUGUCAUCAUGCUGGGGGAAAGCACCCCUAUGCUUGUAUCAUGAGGGAGUUUUAUCACAAACUGUUAAAUUCUGGAACUUCUGAUCUUCCGCGGAUAUUUGGGAUGACUGCAUCCCUUGUGAAAACAAAGGGUGAAAAUCUGGAUAGCUACUGGAAGAAGAUUCAUGAACUCGAAACCCUAAUGAAUUCAAAGGUCUAUACCUGUGAGAAUGAGUCUGUGCUGGCUGGGUUUGUCCCCUUCUCUACACCAAGGUUCAAGUAUUACCAGAACAUGGAAUUACCAAAUCUCAAACGAGCAAGCUGGGUAGAGAAGUUAGAAAAACUAACAAUGAAGCAUCGCUUAUCCCUUGCAACCUUGGAUCUCAAAUCCUCUACUGUUGAUUCUAUAGAGAAGAGACUGUCGAGGAUAGUUUCAACUCUAACAUAUUGUUUGAAUGAUCUCGGAAUUUUGCUGGCGCAGAAGGCUGCUCAGUCAUUGUCAGCCAGUCAGAAUGACUUUUUCUUGUGGGGCGAACUAAACAUGUUUAGCCUGACCUUGGUUAAAAAAUUCUGUUCUGAUGCUUCACAGGCGUUUUUGGCUGACAUACCUCAUGGUCGUGAUUGGACUGUUUCUAACAUUAAAGGAAAUGUGGAGGAAGGUCUCCUAACAUCAAAAACAGUCUGCCUCGUUGAGACUCUUCUUGGUUACAGCUCCUUGGAGAACAUACGGUGCAUCAUAUUUGUGGAUAGGGUGAUAACAGCCAUUGUACUGGAAUCCCUUUUGGCUGAGAUUCUUCCAAAUUGUAAUAACUGGAAAACCAAGUACGUUGCAGGAAAUAACUCUGGUCUGCAAAAUCAAACUCGGAAGAAGCAAAAUGAAAUUGUGGAAGAUUUCCGGAAAGGCUUGGUAAACAUCAUUGUAGCAACAUCUAUUCUAGAGGAGGGUCUAGAUGUUCAAAGUUGCAACCUGGUUAUCAGAUUUGACCCUGCAUCCAACAUUUGCAGUUUCAUACAGUCCCGUGGGCGUGCGAGGAUGCAAAAUUCAGAUUAUUUGAUGAUGGUGGAAAGCGGAGAUCUGUUAACACAAUCUCGGUUGAAGAAAUAUCUUUCUGGUGGGAAAAGAAUGCGUGAGGAGUCUUUGCAUCAUUCUCUUGUUCCCUGUCCACCUCUUCCAGAUGAUUCAGAUGAACUAUCCUUCCGCGUCGAAAGUACUGGCGCAACAGUAACUCUUAGCUCAAGCGUCAGCCUAAUAUAUCAUUACUGCUCAAGGCUCCCAUCAGAUGAGUACUUCAAACCAGCUCCUAGAUUCGAUAUAAACAAGGAUCUGGGGAUUUGCACCCUCUACCUUCCUAAGAGCUGCCCAGUAAAAGAAGUUAAAGCUCAAGCGAAUGGUAAAGUGUUAAAACAAAUUGUCUGUGUAGAAGCUUGCAUUCAACUGCACGAAGUCGGAGCUCUAAGUGAUCAUUUUGUGCCGGACAUGGUUGUGGCGGAAACUGUCGCACAAAAACUCGAGAAAAUCCACUAUAACACAGAACAGCCAUGUUACUUCCCCCCAGAGCUAGUCUCCCAGUUUUCAGCACAGCCGCAGACAACAUACCACUUCUACUUAAUAAGAAUGGAGCCAAACUCUCCAAGAAAAUUUCAUCUAAACGAUGUUUUGCUGGGCACUAGAGUUGAGCUUGAAGAUGACAUUGGGAACACAGGCUUCAGGUUGGAAGAUCAUAAGGGUACAAUAGCCGUGACAUUGAGUUAUGUGGGAGCGUUUCACCUAACACAAGAGGAGGUCCUUAUGUGUAGAAGAUUUCAGAUAACUCUUUUCCGAGUUCUUUUAGAUCACAGUGUGGAAAAUUUGAUGAAGGCUUUGGAUGGAUUGCAUCUUAGUGAUGGGGUAGCAGUUGAUUAUCUACUAGUUCCAUCCACUUAUUCUCAUGAAACAUCUCUUAUUGAUUGGGAGGUGAUCAGAUCCGUGAAUCUAACUUGUCAUAAAGCUUUGGAAAAACAUUUAAAAUGUUCUACCAAUGGUGCUUCUCGCGUGCUACAUACAAAAGACGGCUUGUUUUGUACUUGUGUCGUACAAAAUGCAUUGGUUUACACACCACAUAACGGAUAUGUCUACUGCACGAAUGGCAUUCUUAACAAUCUAAACGCGAAUUCGUUAUUGACGAAGAGAGAGACUGGCGAUAAGACUUAUAUUGAGUACUAUGAGAAACGGCAUGGGAUUCAGUUAAAAUUUUUGGAUGAACCGCUUCUAAAUGGAAGACACAUUUUCACGCUGCAUAAUUAUCUCCACAUGACCAAGAAGAAAAAGGAGAAAGAGCAUGACAGAGAGUUUGUCGAACUACCUCCUGAACUGUGUCAUAUCAUUUUGUCCCCAAUAUCAGUUGAUAUGAUCUAUUCAUAUACUUUCAUCCCAUCUGUUAUGCAACGCAUUGAAUCUUUGCUUAUAGCAUACAACCUAAAGAAGAGCAUCCCAAAAGUCAAUAUUCCAACAAUCAAGGUUCUGGAAGCUAUAACGACAAAAAAGUGCCAAGAUCAGUUUCACCUGGAAUCACUAGAAACUCUUGGUGACUCAUUUCUGAAAUAUGCUGUUUGUCAGCAACUAUUCCAACACUGUCGUACUCACCAUGAGGGUCUUCUUAGCACGAAGAAAGAUGGAAUGAUUUCAAAUGUUAUGCUCUGCAAACUUGGUUGUGAGCAGAAACUUCAGGGAUUUAUCCGCAAUGAGUGUUUUGAACCUAAAGGUUGGAUGGUUCCUGGUCAAUCAUCUGCAGCUUAUACUCUUGUUAAUGAUACCCUACCUGAGUUUAGAAACAUAUACGUUACUAGUAGGAGGAAUUUGAAACGCAAGAGUGUGGCUGAUGUUGUAGAAUCACUAAUUGGGGCAUAUCUCAGCGAGGGAGGUGAACUUGCAGCUUUGUUGUUCAUGAAUUGGGUGGGUAUAACGAUCGAUUUCACAACUACGAAGAUGGAACGAGAGUCCCCAAUACAAGCAGAGAAGCUUGUGAAUGUUGGUUAUAUGGAGUCGUUGUUGAAAUACAAAUUUGAGGACAAGUCUCUUCUAGUUGAAGCAUUGACUCAUGGUUCAUACAUGAUUCCUGAAAUUCCACGAUGCUAUCAGCGGUUGGAGUUUCUCGGUGACUCGGUGUUGGAUUAUCUCAUAACCAAACAUCUUUACGACAAAUAUCCUUGUAUGACUCCUGGACUGCUAACCGACAUGCGAUCAGCUUCUGUUAACAAUGAAUGUUAUGCUCAAGUGGCGGUGAAAGCAAACCUGCACAAACACAUCCUGCAUGCAUCUCAUGAUCUCCACAAGCACAUCUCUAGAACAGUCAGUGAGUUUGAACGGUCGUCUUUGCAAUCCACUUUCGGAUGGGAAUCCGAUGUAUCUUUUCCUAAGGUCCUUGGAGAUGUGAUAGAAUCUUUAGCAGGCGCCAUAUUUGUAGACUCAGGUUACAACAAGAGUGUAGUGUUUGCGAGCAUUAAACCACUAUUAGGUUGUAUGAUAACUCCAGAGACCGUCAAGUUGCAUCCUGUGAGAGAGUUGACAGAAUUAUGCCAGAAAGCGCAGUUUGAGUUGAGCACAGCGAAAGGUUUCAAAAAUGGUGAAGCUUAUUUCACGGUUGAAGUGAAAGCUAAGGAAAUGAGUUUUGCUCACACAUCAAAGGCCUCUGAUAAGAAAUUGGCCAAGAAAAUGGCUUACAAACAAGUCUUGAAUUCACUUACAGAGUCUCUUCUUGCCUCCUAGAUUUCUUUCUCUUGUGGAACUGAAUUAGAGCUUAGACUCUCUAUUGGCUAUUAAUAAUAGUUAUCGUCAUUAUUAUUUUUUUUGGUUAAUCAUAAUUUGAGCAAAAACAGUGUGUAGGGUUUUAACCAUAACAUAUAUAAAACGGUAGGCCAAUAAACGAAGCAAUCAAUCUCGUGUUGAAGCAAACCCUAAAUUGGAGGGGAGACAGAGGAGGAAGGGUGAGGAUAGCACAAUCAACAAUAAUGUCGAUGCUUUUGGUGAAGAAAAGAAUGUCGAAAGUAGCCGGUGUCAGAGAAUCGUGGAUACGAAGAGGAGUUCGCUUGUUGAUGACGGAAACGACGUCAUCAUCUUUGUCACCAUCUCCAUAUAUGCUACUCCCACUUGAUGGUAUCAGAGACGCUCCCGCCCGUCCCCGCGCUACCAGAGGAGACAAAAUAGCCAAUAUCAACUUGUACGACCCAGUGAAUCAGAAACGAGUGACGAUAGCAGACCAGAGGAUCCCUGAAAGCAUCUACCGUUCACGCAACAUCGAAUCUUCUCGUGGCUGGAUGAUCAGAAUGAACAACGAUGAUCUAACCGUACAUCUCACCAACAUGUAUCGUGGCCGUCAAGUUCUAGGCAGACAUGGUCUCCUGCUUUACAACCGGUGACUCCCGAUGGCGCCACGAGCUGUCUAUUUCCACCCGAUCCAAGGAAUCAUUCGUUUUCUACUCCAAUAAAGAUUCCACCUUUUAUCUCACGCCUCCCACUGAUGCAUUCUUCCGCAAGGACGGUAGGAGUAUGGCCGAACCUAGCUUCCCCUUCCUAGCUUAUUUCCGUCAACGCAGACCCUUAAAGCAUCCAGAGAUGGGAGAGUAUGAAUUCGAGCUUCUGAGAAGGUGCACUCGGACCAAAUACUUGGUGGAGUCACCCUCUGGCGAUGUAUUCAUCAUUGUCUAUUAUGCUUUGCGAACCUAUAAGGGGAAACCCGUCUUCCAUUGGGAGACGCGAGGCUUGGAAUUGGAUCGUCUGGAGGUGAAAACCGGGAGAAGGUGGUUUAUGUUGUACAUGCAUGAUCCAACCACAAGGGAGGACACUUAUGUCCAAGAAAACAUUGCAAGCAUGUAUCCCGGACUUAAGCCCAACUCCAUCUACUUCAUUGAUUGGAAUCAGCUUUUUCUCUACGACAUUGCCGACCAGACCUUCUCAAGACUCCCUCAUGACGGACUAGGAUAAUAAAACACUGGCAGGUUAUAUGUGUGACCUGUGUUUUAAAUGGCGAGAGGCAAGGUGAGGCGACAGAGGGUAGGUUUGGCGCCCUGUGCCUAGGCGAGAUUCGCCCCACGCCUUUGGUGUAUGAGGCGCAACUGCAAAAAACAGACAUAAGGCGCUAAGCGAGAUGAGGCGGGCUCCAUGGCAAGGCAUCCCGAAGCGAGCGCCUUUGGUCUACCGCCUGGCCUCAUCUACUAGAGGCGCUACACCCUUAUAAUCACCUCGUCUCUCGCCCAGGCGACGCUUUUUUAAACACAGUGUGUGACACAAUUUCUAUCUAGCUAGCUCCUUGUGCUUAAUUAGAAUUGUGCUUGUUGUUUCUUUCAUCAUUAAAAAUUUAUCUAGUUCAUUUUGUGUUA